AUGGCGCAGAAAUGUGUUCAUCAAGGUUGCGGCAAGGAGUACACUGACCCGGAGGAGGUCUGCCGCUACCAUCCCGGCCCCCCGGUUUUCCACGAGGGCCAGAAAGGAUGGAAGUGCUGCAAGCCGCGCGUCCUUACUUUUGAGGAAUUCAUGACCAUUGAACCCUGCACCGAGGGGAAGCACAGCACCACCGACCUGCCACCCAAGGUUGAGAAGAGGGAAGCGGACCCGGCCCUCCUCGCGGCCUCGAACCUACCCCCGCCCCCGCCCCGUGCGCCCGUUGCCGCACCUCAGCACGUACCCACACCUCCGCCCCCGCCUCCGGAGUCCGAGGAUGACGACGAAACCGCCGAGAUUCCCGAUGGGCGUCUGUGCAGACGCAAGGGCUGCGGUGCCACCUACAAAAAGGGAUCCAGCAGGGAAGGGGAGACAUGUGUACACCACCCCGGCGUUCCCAUCUUCCACGAAGGGAGCAAGGGCUACGUCUGCUGCAAGCGUCGCGUCCUGGAGUUCGACCAGUUUAUGAAAAUCGAGGGCUGCAAAACAAAGAAUCGGCACUUGUUCGUCGGAAGCGGAUCCAAAAACGCCGCCGGCAAGGGCCCGGCGGGUUCCGGUGGUGAAGAACUCCUUGAGACGGUCAGGCAUGACUUCUACCAAACCCCGACUGCGGUGAUCGCGUCAUUCUUCCUCAAAAAGAUCGACAAAGAGGCAGCCAAGGUGGAUUUCGAGGAACAGGCGCUGGUGCUGGACUUGCCCACGACGGACGCCCCCGUACCAAAGCGGUACAAGGCGCAGGUGCCGCUUUACGGUCCCAUCGAUCCUGCCAAGUCGACCUUUAAGAUUUUGGGCACCAAGCUCGAGGUGUCACUCGCCAAGGCAGACGGCAGCUCUUGGCCGGUUCUUCGCAGCGACGACCGUCUCACGGGUGAAAUCCUCCAAAUUGGCCGAGCCGGAAGGGCCUGA